AUGGAUAGUGACAACAGUGACGACGAAUAUGGUCCAGUAGUGGCAGCAUGGGGAGACCAAGCACAACAUGUCAACACGCCGAAUGACACCAAUGCUGCACCUGCCGGCUGGGACACGUUACUUGACCCUUCAUUCAAGAUCAAGACCAAUGGUAUUGGCAGUGGCGAUCUGCAUCGUAAAGGGCGCAACUAUAAACCUGUCAAUGAAGACGAGAUUCUACGUCAACGACUCAAGUUACCUUCUACCCAACCAAGCAAUAAGAAAAAGAGACCACCAAAAGCACCAUCCAAACCAUCAUCUUAUCAUAACUUCAAUGCCAAAGAACAACAUAAACGUUCAAUUCAAUCAACAACACCAUCCACAUCAUCCAUGAAGCGUUCUCAACCACAUCAACAACCUCCUCCUCCUCCACCACCAACAACAACCCGACCACCUCCUAAAGUGAAUAAUGCUUGGACACAACAAUCCUUGGUAUCCGAACCAUUUUGGGAACAUCCUCCACCAUCCUCGGGUCAACAGAACAACAAACAGCAACAGCAACAACAACAACAAAGGACUACUACUCAAUCACCAUCUUAUGCUACUCGUACUCCUUCUCAUCCUCAUCCUCCUGCUACUACUACUACUACUACGACUACUGCUUCUGAAUAUGAACCUUAUGGAGGAAUGGCAACAUCUUUGAAACCUGAUCCACGACCUCAAAGACCGGCAUCGAUGCGACCUCCACCUGGCUUAUUCCGUAAUGCCAUUCAUCAACUUGGAGAUCAUAUCAGUUCACCCAACCACAACAAGAGACCUCCUGGUCUUUCUCCAAUACCCGUGAAUCCCAAUUUGCAACAUCAUCCUUUCAAACCGGCAUCUGCUGCUACUGCUGCUCCAAAGCAACAAAUUAAUCCUGUCGUCAUUCGUAUCAACAUUGAACUUGAAUCUGGCAACACCGUCCAAGUCCCUGUACGCUUAUAUGAUGACCCAUUAGCCUUGGCCAAUGAAUUCAGCCGUUCUCAUAAUGUCACUUCGCCUCAAGUCGUCAUGCAUUUACAAAAGCUCUUCAAGGAUCAGCAACAACUCGCUAUCCGAAAACGUCAUCCCACCAUGUAA